GAAAGAACCAAAGAAGAAGACACUUGCCACCAUCCUUCAAACCCACUGGAUUAGGGAAUUUCCACCACUGGCUCUGAAGCACUGGAUAACACAGGAGAUUAGCACCGUCUCGAUACGCAUUUGAAUUGUUCAUUCGCAAUGGCUGACGUGUCCAGCCUGUCUGGGAUUUCUCCCUCCACCCUGGUUCUGAUUUUGGCUGCGUUCGUUUUGUCUGCAAUUGCCCUGCUUUGGCCGUACAGAAUCUUCAAGAAGAUGGGCGUACCUGGGCCAACACCUCUUCCGUUAUUCGGAACCUUCUUCCACUACCUCCAGGGUUUCAAAGAAUUUGAUCAAAGGAGCUUUAAAAAAUAUGGGAGAGUCUGGGGGACUUACGAUGGCCGGUUGCCUCUGCUCGUGGUGGCUGACACAAGCAUCCUGAAAACGGUCCUGGUGAAGGAUUCCCUGGAGUUCUUCACCAACCGCCGGAAAAUCGGGCUGAAUGGCCCCUUCAAGGAAGCUAUGAGCUUAGCUAAUGAUGAGAAGUGGAAGCGCAUCCGUAACGUACUGUCCCCAACUUUCAGUGGUGGCAAAAUCAAACAGAUGUGCCCACUGAUUGUACGUUGUGCUGAUGCACUCGUGAAGAACCUCCAUGAAAAAUGCCAGUCUGGGAAGUUAGUGGACCUAAAAGAGUAAGUGCAUGAAGCAUUUGAAAAAAACACAUUUCAACAAGUCCUGUGAGUGAUGAGAAAACUCAGAGGGAAUGGUGAGUGGAUGCUGGAAACAACUAAAAGUAAGACUUGCAAGGCGAUUUCUCGACACAAAAAGGUGCAAUCGUAACAAUCACCUCGGUCCUCCCAUCAUGCAUUGCGUGUCACGUGACAUCACCAAACUGCAUGUAUCAUGCAAACUGUGUGUAUCAUGCAGUAUGGUUAUGGUUCGUGCAUUUCACUGCCAAAAAAGCCUUUUGUAGGAUUUUGGUCGUACAUAUCUUCAUAUGGAUGGAUAUCGGCAGGGUUCAUUGAAAAUUUACACUUCAGUGUGAUACAUGUGUGCAUUUGGGAAAAGUUCAAUUGUAAUUUCCAGUCCACAUGUCAAGUUUUAUAGAUCAGUGCAUUGCGCGUCGGUAUACCCUAACGUCGUGGUAUUGAUAUGAAUUUUGCCUCUGCUAGAACAUUCGGGGUGUACAGCAUGGACGUGAUUGCAAGCUCGGCGUUCAGUACGGACGUGGACUCUCAGAACAACCCCAACGAUCCAUUCGUCAUUCAUGGGAAAAGCAUUUUCAAGAUCAACUUAUUGAACCCUUUGGUUGCACUAAUCGCGAUCUUGCCAGAGCUUGUCCCACCGUUAGAAUUCCUGGGAUUAUCUUUUUUUCCAAAAAAAGCUUCCUCAUUCUUCACGACAAUUGUCCGGAAGAUGGUAAAGCAACGCCAAAAGGGGCUUCACGACAUGGCGAGUCCUUUCCCACAAUGCUCUUUUACAAUAUUGGUUCUGUUUGAUAUUACAAUGAGACAUUUAAACGUAAUUUUUCAUCUAUCAAUGCAGAAAAAUU